AAAAGAAUUGGAAGAUGUAAUUGGAGACAAAAGCUCUUUUGUGAGGAAGGAGCAAAAGGCCGGAAGGGACGCAGGCAAUUUCCGAUCAUGCCGACGCAGCCCGAGUGCACGCGUUUACAUCAUCUGAACUAUGUUUGAUUGACCCGGCAACGGCCAAAGUCAAUAACUCUAUAUAUAGAAGCAAGGAUUAAAUCAGUAAAAUUGCAAAUUCAAACAAUCUGAAGACACCGGUGUGCAAGAGCGCUUCGCAAUUGAACUGAACUGUAGCUACAAUGAUGCUUCCCAGGGACGCAAAGAAGCAGGUGGAGGAACUCUUUGAUUUGAUGUACUUGGAGGAGCGAGUUUGCUUAGAGGUUGAAGAGGCCAAGUCGUUCCACGUGGAAUGCUUUGAGGUAAGGAAGCGAGUGAAGCAAAUCUCCCUAAUGCUGAAGACAUUGACCUGCUUCAUCACCUCUGAUCAAACUUCCAUUUACCUGCGCCCAAUCAACUGCAUAGUUGCCAAGGUGAAGGAUAACUUUGAGCUCGCACUUGCCAUUGUGUCCAAGUGCAAGUCCAGGAGCCUACUCAGCAGUCUCUUCACCAUCCUUAAUGCCACCCGUUUUCGCGGGCUCUCCGACCUUUUGGAUGCUUCUAUCAGCGAUAUGGAAUGGCUGGUUGCCGUCUAUGACCGCCGAAACGAAGUCACAGGCCCAAUGACCAAGAAUGGUUCGACUACCUUAUUGGUCUGGUCUUGCAUCGCCACCGUCGAAAUGGGGCGUCAAUUAGAAGAUCGUGUCCAGGCUGCGAUAUAUCUUGGUUCACUUGCUCAAGAAAAAGACGAGUACAAAAACAUUAUUUUUUAAGAAGGCGGGGUUACCUCCUUUACUGGAGCUUUUUUGAAAGAGAACUCCUCUCUAGAAGCUCAGAUCACGGCUGCUAAAGCACUUUGUCUUUUAGCUAAUGAGCAGGAGAGGACGAGAAUUAUUAUGAAGGAAAUGAUAUCUACGGUUGUAAAUUGUUUAUCAAGAACAUCGCCGACGAGGGAUCAAAUUCAGGCGGCGAAUUUGGUUGCCAAAAUAGCGGAGGAUAACCCAGAGGUGAAGGAAUACGAUUUGAUUAGAGAGAAUGUAAUAUGGCGGCUGGUAACGUUGUUGUCAUCUGAGCCAUCUGCAGAUGGUCCUAAAACCAAUUUACAUAAUCUCGAAUUGAAAAUCAUUUGUUCGAAGGCUUUAUGGGUGCUUGCUGAGGGCAGUGUUUCGAAUUGUAGGGCAUUAAUGGAGACAAAGGGAAUGCUUUGCUUGGCUAGGUUGGUGGAAACGGAACAGGAUGAAUUACAGUACAAUUGCUUGAUGAUCAUAAGGGAAAUUACAUCUAUUGCUGAAUCAAAUCAAGAAUUCAGACAUUCGGCGUUUAAGACUAAUUCUCCAGCUGCAAUGACUGUUGUUAAUCAGCUAUUGGGAGUGAUUGAAGAAUUUGAUGACAAAAAAUUGAGAAUUCCGGCAAUCAAAUCGAUGGGUUCAUUGGCAAGAACCUUUCCAGCUAAAGAAAGUUGGGUAAUCCGUCCCCUGGUUUUCCAGCUCGGCAGUACGGACCAAGAAGUAGCAAAGGAAGCUGCUAUUGCUCUGCAAAAGUAUGUAUGUCCAGGGAAUGCCCUUGGCAUGGAGCAUUCGCAAUCGAUAGUUGAAUUCGACGGUGUCCCGCUUUUAAUGAAGUUACUUGAUGGCGAUAAAGAGUCACAGCAUCAUGGAUUAGCUCUGAUCUGCUACCUCACGAAGCACGACAUCAACAGCAGUGUUUUGAUUGAAGCUGGAGCAUUGACUGCUCUGGAGACGAUAGGUGCCAAAGAUCCCGAGGUAGAAGAAUUGGUCUCCAACGCAAUAUCCAAACUCAAAUCGAAUCAAACCGGUAAGCAUGAAAAUUUAGACAGUUCAGCAAAAGCUAGCAUUACACAGACAAUCGUAGAACAGAGCAAAGAAGCACUCAAUUAUCUGCGACAACGCUCGGAGAUACUGUGGGAGGGGCUAACAGUAUUUGCACAAAAGCCAGAAGAACUCUACAAGGGAGAUACAGGCCUAGUUAAUUUUAGGAUUAGAACGGGGGACGCUAAGCCUCUUAUAAGCCUUAACAUUAAGCCUGUUAGUCCGCAUUGCUAAAAUUGAUUUUUUUUUUAAUCUCAAUUUUAAUGAAUUUAACGUUAUAUCUUUAUUAAUAAUCGAUUUAAGAUAUCAGGAUAAUGAAAAGAUUAUUUUUAAUUUA